CAGCGCCAUGACCGCGGCGAUGCGGCAGCGAUUCGACCGCUUCUUACACGAGAAGAAUUGCAUGACCGCCGUACUCGAGCGGAUCGAGAGCAAGACCGGCAUCAGCCGCACCUAUAUCGCUACCGGAAUCCUCGGGGUCGUGGCCGUGUACUUGGUGGUGGGAUACGGCGCGUCCCUGCUCUGCAACAUCAUCGGCUUCGCCUACCCCGCCUACAUCUCAAUCAAGGCCAUUGAAAGUCCCAACAAAGAUGAUGACACGCAGUGGCUGACUUACUGGGUUGUAUAUGGUGUUUUCAGCAUAGCUGAAUUCUUCUCUGACAUCUUUUUGUCCUGGUUCCCUUUCUACUAUAUGCUAAAGUGUGGCUUCCUGGUCUGGUGCAUGGCUCCAAGCCCUUCCAAUGGGGCAGAGUUUCUCUACCACCGGAUUAUCCGUCCUUUCUUCCUGAAGCAUGAGGCCCAGCUGGACAGUGUUGUGCAGGACCUGAAAGACAAGGCUGCAGAGGCUGCAGACACUGUCACUAAAGAGGCCAAGAAAGCAACAGUGAACUUGCUGGGUGAAGAAAAGAAGUGCACUUAGACUGGCUAAGUUUCCUUACGACCUCCUUUGUGCAGCUUGAUGUUACUGGGGACUGUGGUAUAAGUUCAAUAAUAUUGCCUUGGAAACAUUUUGAUAUAUUAAAGGAAUGUGCUGUAAGUUUACUUAAUAUUUUGCUGUGACUGAUAGAGAGUAUGCAUUUUUAUUUAAAAGCAAUGCAGUGGGCAGCAUCUAAAGCUUAAUAUUUUAUUAAUCUUCAAGCAUAAGAAAUCUUUCGGUAAUCUCUUUCUGCAGUAACAUAAAUAAAAAGUAUAUAUCCCUCAGACUCUGCACUUUAGUUGUCUCUUUGUCUGUGAAAUUACUCUUAACACUUUGAUUCUGGUACAUCUAGUAGCACAAAGCUAUUUCAUAGGGAAAAUUCUGAACAGAUCUUCUCAAAUAUACAGGGAAUCAUUGUAAGAGAUUGCAUAAUGGAUGUAUCCCCCAUUACUAAAGGUGUAAAUCCUGAAAUUACAAUUGUGAAAUUGUGAAAUUGUGAAGUCAGUUCUAGGCACCUGAUUAUAGAGAUUAUUCACUGUUGCAUGUUUUGUUGUAACACAGUAUUUGGUACAGUGUGUGUAUUCUUAAAUGGAUAGAUACUAAAUAUAGGAAAGAAUAACUUCCUUGGAGUGAUUAAGCUUAUAUUGCCUAAAGUGAUUUGCUAGAAAUGGAUGCAUUAAAUCACACAAGAUUAACACAGUGUCACUGAAGUACUUCUUCCCUAUUCUUGCUUAAAUAAGUUGUUACACGAAAUCAUUAAUAGAGUGCUUUUUAAGAUCACACUCAAAAGCACAAGCCAUCUUUAGCUAAGGAGUGGUAUCAUGACAAACACUUUCUUCUGAAUUCCUUUAAAAAUAUUAACUGCCUUGGAUGUCAGUCCUCAAAACUACAUCUUUAAGGGGACAGACUACAACUCCUAUGAGCUUUUUCUGUUCAUAAAGAUCUGCAAUCUCUUCUGACUUUACUAAGAACAACUCUGUAUGAGCACUUAAACUUCCUGAGUGGAGAUGCUCUUCUUGUUACUUGAUAUAUUCCUGACCAAUCAGUAAGAGUGCAAUCAAAGUUGCUAAGAGAAUAAAGGGAUUUUUUACAAUCAGUGUAAAAAUAUAUAUAUAUUUUUCUUAGAUUUGCAUCUGUACUCGUUCACACUGCAGUAUUUUCAACAAAAAUAAUUGCAUUAAUUAAUUAGGCAUGAAUUACUAAAAUUCCCCUAUUUUAUUCUCCAGGCUGACAUUUCUUUAAACCUAGAAUAAUGGUAUGGCAGUUCUGAGCUCACAGAACAUGCAGAUAGGAAGCAUAAGCUUUUGAUAGGAUAAAAAAUUAUUUCCAGUCCACAAUCUUGAAUUCCAAAGACUUAAUCUUACAAUAAAGUUUUGAGGACUUCUAGCUUUCUGCAACAAAUGGUUGUAUAAACAUUCAUGGUAAAUUUUCAUAUGCAAGAACUGCAAAAGUGUGAAGCACACAGUGCCACUCAGCACCUCAGUUUUAACCUGGAGAUGUAUAUUUUAUAAGAGGGGAUGUAAAAGCAUCAUAAGAGAAAGCAUUUUAAGCUUUCAGCUGGAAAAAUAGCCCUUGGGGCUAGCAGCUUGGAUAGGGAAAUACAAGACUUGCUGUACCUCGUGUUCUGUAGGGUAGCAUGCAGUUUGUCAUUUGAAGAAAAAAUGCAAAAUUUCACAGUUCAUAAUUCCUUGAAAACUUUUUGUUGGGAGUGGAUAUGCUGAAGAGGAUAAAGCUUACAGCAGUGUUCUAGGUUUUAUGCAAGUAAAAACUUUGAAGUAUAUCAACAUUUAAGUGUUUUAAUUUCUUGUCUUGCCUUCUUCUGUCGCAAACCCACUGGACUUUCAUGUAAGCCUUACUAAACCUUAGUUCUGUGUUUUAAACUCUAUCAGCUGCAUGUGAAACACUUAUGUGGCUGCUGUAAUUUAGUUACACUUCUUGAGAUUAGAUGUAACUAGAUAAAAAUAAAUGAGGAUUCUUAAUAGAUUGUUAGCUUUCAGUGCAAAAUGCUACAUAACCUUCUUAUCUAAAAGCUUACAGUAAAUUUUACUUUACAAGCCUAAUGACAUCUGUAGUAGAAACAGAAUUUGCUUUUCAUUUCUUAGAGUACUCAACAGUUCUUCCAUUGUUAUUAAUGGGGAUAAAACAUUCUAGGUAGAUGUUAGGUAAGUGUUAAAACUGUCCCUUGCAUUUAUCUCGGAACUGGAAAAGCUUUAAAUCAACUUCUUGUCUUUACCAACUCGAUAUUACCAGCACAUGCAAUCAGUGCUCUUUUGUCAGAUUUCUACUUGAAUUAGAACUACAGUCUAUUGUUAAUAGAAGUUGCCCUUGUUUUUUUGCCUUGAUGCAAGUGGAAAUGACUGAAUGUCUGCAGCAAGUUAUCCUUUCCUGCAAGUAACUCCACUGGGCUGGGCCCGCAGAUGAGUGGUUUUUUUUGGGUCUUCACAACACUUAUGUACAAAUGUUGGUACACGUUGUCUUCAUGUCUUUGCUGAAGUUGUAAUGUGCUAAAUAAAAUUGGACACAAAUAAAGAGAUUCUUAUGGGACUGGUA